CAUUGGCCACUUGCUUUUAUUUUUUGAUAUAUCUUCUUCCUGUUCAGAUAAAAGAAAAGAGAAAGAAAAAAAAGAAAAAAGAAAAAAGAAAAAAAAUCAAGAGCUAUAUAGCUGAAACAUCUCUCUUCUGUUGUAUCCUUAAUUAUAUUCUUCUUUUGUUUCCUCAUCAAAGCUUGCAAGGUAUGGAUUUUCAAAAUCAAUCUAUGUCAGAUUCUCCACAGAGAAAGAUAGGAAGGGGAAAGAUUGAGAUCAAAAGGAUUGAGAACACAACCAAUCGCCAAGUAACUUUCUGCAAACGUAGAAAUGGAUUGCUCAAAAAAGCAUAUGAAUUAUCUGUUCUUUGUGAUGCAGAAGUUGCUCUAAUAGUCUUCUCUAGCCGUGGACGCCUCUAUGAAUAUGCUAAUAACAGUGUCAAAGCAACUAUUGAAAGGUACAAAAAAGCAUGUUCAGAUUCAUCUGGCACUGGAUCUGCUUCUGAGGCUAAUGCUCAGUUUUACCAGCAAGAAGCAGACAAAUUGCGUGCGCAAAUUAGUAAUCUGCAGAAUAACAACAGAUUAAAGUGCAGGCAAAUGAUGGGUGAGUCUUUGGGCUCUAUGACUGCCAAGGAACUCAAAAACUUGGAGGGUAAAUUAGAAAAGGGAAUAAGUAGGAUUCGUUCCAAAAAGAACCAGCUUUUAUUUGCUGAAAUUGAAUACAUGCAGAAGAGGGAAAUAGACUUGCACAAUAACAACCAACUUCUGAGAGCAAAGAUAGCUGAAAGUGAAAGGAACCACCAUAAUAUGAGUGUGUUACCUGGAGGCACAAGCUAUGAAUCUAUGCAAUCUCAGCAUCAGCAGCAGCAGCAACAAUAUGAUUCUCGUGGUUACUUUCAAGUCACUGGAUUACAACCUAGUAGUCAGUAUGCACGACAAGACCAAAUGUCACUUCAAUUAGUUUGAUAUGUUUGUGCUUGAGAAGUAUGUAGUAAUUUGCUUCUGGUAUAUGAUGAUGAUGAUGAUGAUAGCAGAUAAAUGCUAAGGGUAAUAUAUAUAUAUAAAAGCUGAAUUGAGAAGGGUUUGUAAGUAUUCCCUCAGUACUAUUUAGUGGCUUUGUAGACAUCUUAAGACUAUAUCAUGUAUCAAUUAUGAAACGCUUUCUGAGAUGUGUCCUAAGAUAAUGGAGAAGACACCUUCACUUGUUUGUUCUAAUUAUUUCUCAAACAA